UCUCCAUCAAUCAGUUGGAAACCAAAUGUAUGUUAGCUAAAACUAUCAUUUCAACAUGAUGGAAGCAAGCCAUAUCAUUAUGAAAGUGGCUUUGGUUCUUUUCGUCGUCGUGUCAUGUGCAAGGAAAGGAUAUACGGUAUCAUCAGAAAACAACAAUGGAGAAGACUUUAUUGUGGCUGUGUUCCUUCACCAGAAUACAUGCAACGCGUCCUUACAUUUCACAGGGAAAGCAGGAACAGUUGUACAAGUAGAGAGUCCCGCUCCAGUUCAUACAUUCACUAACCUUACCAUUGGCAGUGAAUUAUCAACGAGAUUUGAUCUGAAUCCCGAACACUGUUUUGACGUGAAGAACAAUUCCAUAGCCCGAAAAGGUUUCAGAAUAACAGCUACUGAUGGUAUAUCCGUGUCUGCUGUGAAUAUGCAAGACAGGUGGAGCGGCGAGUCAUACCUGGUACUACCACUGAGUCAACUGUCAGUAGAAUACGUCGCAGUGUCAUGUCCCUCAGCUUUUGAGUAUUCCAAACUCAUGAUAAUAGCAUCUGAUGAUGACACCAAUAUCAACAUAACAGUGAGGACAUCUGGUAGUUUAUGCUCGGGCUCUAACAACAACAGUGGGCAGGAUAUCAAACUUACUCUCAACAUAAUGGAUGUUUUCGGCCUGUUUUGCAGCGAAGAUUUUACUGGCACAUACAUAAGAAGUUCAAAACCUGUGGCUGUGAUUUCUGGUUGCCAGAGAGCCGGUUGCUGAAAUGUUGAUAUCUGUUGCCAUGUACGGAAAGAGUUACAUACUGUACACAUUAGCUCCAAGGUUCAAAUUGAUGUAUCGGGUUGUUGGUGCGCAUAGAAAUACCAAUAUUGAAGUGGCAGGCCAAUCUAAAGGUACCAUUCAUGUGGGGGAGUAUCUGGACAUAGAAGUGUCUGAUGCAGCCUGCUUCAAUUCCAGUGAGACUGUACUUGUGGUGGCAUUUAACAAAUAUGCUUCGUCCUUUGAAUAUCUCAUGGCCAUUGUUCAGUCAACAGAUCAUUUCAUGACUUCAUAUCUACUGGAUACAAAAGAAAACCCUAUUGCAGUAUGGACGUAUGCAAGGAUUAUUCUUGUCAGUACCGAUCCAAGCAUCGCGUCCACUGC